GCUUUCAUCCCACAAUUACGAACUCCCUUGUUGGCUCAUUCCUGUCUACACGCAAGUUGUCCCGACCCAGUUCGCGACUUUGACGAGAAUGCUCGCCUCCAAGCAUCUACGCUCUGCAGCAUGCUCUCAACAUAGCGGUCGCAUUAGCCGGAGAUCUGCGGUGGUCUGCCUCGCCGCCGGUCCUCGCUCGCCGAGCGAGCCCAGCACCUCGGCGCCAGCUCUUUCAGCAAUUGCUGCCGCUGCUGCGGCCACUGUGAUCCAGCUAUCAGCGGCUACCUCGGCAUUUGCGGCUCCGCUCUAUGACAACUUGCCAGGCUUCGGGGCAGACUCGCAGUCUGUGUUCUUCCAGGCUGUGGAGCAGGAGAUUCAGAACCGUCCGACGACUAUUGACGAUCUAUUCGAUGAGAACCUGACGACCGUGGAGCUGCGCACAUUCGUGGACAAUGUCGUGAACAACAAGCUCAAGCCUGAGCAGUACCAGGCCGAGCGCCUGAAGAUGAACUUCCGCCGCGACCUGGACGGCCGCGUGUCGCUGCGCAACCGCCAGGGGCAGUGGUUCAGCGUGCGGCCCGACCUGCAGGUGCCCGGCUUCCUGCUGCUGCGCGACGUGUCCGGCGGCGUGUUUUUCCUGCCGCCCGACACCGACGGCGACGGCCUGGCCCAGCUGGACCUCAGCGACGACGUGGUGGUGGCGGAGCUGUUCUACAGCAGCGCGUGGCAGGACGUGAUGUCGCCUCUGAGCUACCGCGACUCGGAUGGCUCGGUGAAGCAGCUCAAGCUGACGGAGCAGGAGUUCCGCAACGUGGUGAGCCUGGUGGAGGGUGCGGAGGAGCCAGAGGAGGAGCCGGCCGCAGCGCCCUAAGCAGCGCUGGCUGGUAUCAGGGUUGGGGUAAAUGAUAGGCGGCGAUGGCUGCGUAGGGUACUCAAAAUGCAGGUCACUGGACCGGAGGCGCUCGGGGGAGGUGGCAGCAGAAGCAUACCAAGAUGCCGUGGACGUGAGUGGGCACUGCUGCCGCUGAGCGGAGAUGAAGGACGUCGAUCGUUUCGUCCUGGCAUCAGAUUUUAGACAGACCACGGAUUGGCCCGCUCAAGGGCCGCGCACACGUACGUGCGUAUAGGUAGGCCGGACUUCUGCGGGUGUGGGGUGAAAGCUGCGGCUUUUGGGGAGCUAGGUGGGUAGGACCGGGCAUGCCAGGCGCUGUCCCGUUGCGUAUCGAUGUGGCCUCAUCCAUUCAGAAGAACGGUUAAAGGCGCUGGCGAAUGGGGGUGAGGUUCUUCGAUGUUUACACGGCGUGCGAAAGUGGGCAGAUAGGACAUGGUGCGCAUGUAUGGGGUUCCCGCGCUUUUUCCAUGCGCGCGGGUCGUGAAGGCACGCACCAGCUGUAAACGCAACAGAAU